AUGGUGGCCCACGCAAGGAACCCGUUGACCUUUCGCGAAACGGAUGAGGCCGACAAUCUCACGGCAACUUAUGUUUACUCUAAACAGAACACGCCGUCCGCGCGCAAGCGGGAUGCGCUGACGGGAAGGGUGGAUGUAAUGGAUCCAUCCUCUACUUUGUGGACCUGGUCUCCCAAGCCUCUCAUCCGCUCUCUCAGUGACGUCUUUCUCCCCUCGGGAUACCCCCAGAGUGUGAGCGAGGACUAUAUCAGAUAUCAAAUAUUUGACUCCCUCCAAGCAUUCUGCAGCUCAAUAGCAGGCCUCCUCUCCUCCCGAGCGGUGCUACAAGGAGUCGGUGUCGGCGACGCCAACGCCUCUCCAUCCUCGGCGCUACUUCUACACGUCCUCCAAGACUCAUCAGGUCGUGUAGCAACCAUUCUCUUCGCCCACCGAGUCGGCACAGCUCUCGAGCCAGAAUGCAAAACUUACCGGCUAGCAGCCGAUGUAUUCAACGACAUCGCCAUGAUCAUGGACACUCUCUCGCCAAUGGUUCCAGCCGGGGUGAUGCGCGUAGGGAUUCUCAGCACGGCAGGCAUCCUGCGUGCCUUGUGUGGUGUUGCAGGCGGGAGUUCCAAGGCGAGUUUGAGUGCUCAUUUUGCAAAGUGGGGGAAUUUGGCUGAGCUCAAUGCCAAAGACUCUUCACAAGAGACGAUCAUCUCUCUUUUUGGCAUGCUUGUAGGCUCAGUGGUCGUAUCUCGCGUCACCGGAUUCAAGACGACAUGGGCCGCACUGCUGAUCCUCUUAGCGGCGCAUCUCAGCCUCAAUUAUGCAGCAGUACGAGCCGUCCAGAUGACAAGUCUGAACAGACAACGGGCAAACAUCAUCUUCUCAACCUUGCUCGAGUCCGAUCCCGCCAUAGAUAUAGAGCGCCUACGCUCCGGGGAAGUACCAAAAAGCAAGGCCAAGCCAGACACCUCAUCCUGGAAGAUCCUCACACCGGCACAAGUAUCCCGAGAAGAACGCAUCUUCCACCGCGAUGGCGCCCUCCAAUGGAACACACCAUCCCAAACACGAAACCUAGGCAGCGCCUCGAUAGGCGUCUCACUCGCCUCAUUCUUCAAACAAGCACAAGCAAGCCAACAUACCUCACGAGGCUCCCUACAAACCAACAUCCCAAUGCCCGAUCUAACAACUCUCUUCGCCAACGAAUCAUACAUCCUCUACCUCCAUCCCAACGGAACAGAAUGGCACGCCUCAAUUCUACUGAAAAGCAACUGCACCGUACACUCGCAGCUCAAAGCCUGGACGCACGGACUCCUCGCCGCACGAGUGCUAUCCACCACAACAUCCAAAUCCGGCACAGAACCCACUCCAGAAGUCCUCUCAGUCGUGACGAAUACACUCUCACUCCUAAACUCUCAGUUCUCGAGCUACACAGACGCCCUCGAAGAAGCGGGCUGGAACACGACAAUCGCGGCGCUGGAAACGCGAUCCGGACGCAGGGUUACAUUCACGUAG